GCGUAUAUAAGACUGGUGGUGUAUCCCAGCCAUCAGAAACGCGGAUGCCUGCUUGCUUUAACAUUGCGAAACAGUGCCAAAUCUUUAGCUGGAUAAAACUAAAGCGGAGUAAUCAUUUCCAUGCGGACAAGAAUGGUAAGGUUACGUUUCGUUGUUCUGUUGGCGAUGCUUACAACCUGUCUUGCAGACCGGUUGGACGUGUUGGAAAGUCAGAUGAAAAGGAUGAAAUAUUUCCAGUCCUACGUUGAAGUGACAUUGAACACAAUUGAAGGAAAUGUUGGUUCAUUAACUGAAAGAGUCUCAAAGCUUGAAUCAAUUGUUGCCACGUCCGGUACUGAUAAUGACAGUAACGGUUCAAGGGCCGGGAGUUCUGGAAAAGAAACAUAUACACAACUUGAAAUUAAAGAUAUAAAACAUACGCUCGAAAUGUACCAACAUGCGUUUGCGAGACAAAAACAAGAGUUAAUCGACGUGAAUGAUCUUGUUAAUAACACACUAUCGGUCUUGCAUUCCAAUGUAUCCGUAACUUUAAGAACUGUAUUGAACAACGUCAGCAACUAUGUGCAAGAUAGCGCUGAAACUAUUUCAGCUACUUUAAAAAAGGUUAACAAUACAAUAGUUGAAAGUGGGCGGCAAUUGCGCUCUGAUAUUUUGAUAUAUUUGGGCAAUAUUAGCUCCGAGAUUAAAACCGAUAUGGCCAUGCACAUUAAGGGGGAAAAACAAGAAAACAAUAAAACAUUGCUUGCUUUAAAUUCACAAGUCCUAAAACAUAUCGCAAAUGAAACAGAUACACUUGAAACCUUUAGAACAAAUAUACUUCAAGACAUAUAUGCAGCACGGGAACACGUCCAAAACUCAACAAUUGAGCUGGAAAAGAAGGUUGAAGAGCUUAUAGGCAGAGCAAAUGAAGUUGUUGGCAUCAUUGAUGAACAGAGAUCUACAAUAGAGGACGGUAUCAUGGUCACCAUUAGGGCACUUCACAGUUCCUGGAGUGACUGGUCUGCAUGGUCCGACUGUUCUCAGUCAUGUGGCAAGGGCAAAAGAAGUAGAUACAGGUCAUGUGAUGUACUUCCGCCUUUUACUGAUGGCGUUUGCAUUGGCAAUGAUACUGAUAAAGAGGAAUGUGUCAUUCAAGAGUGUCCUGUGGACUGCUACGACCUUCACAAACAGAACCAAGGACUACCCAGUGGUGUGUAUAGCGUGUCGCUAUGGAGAAGUCACGUGGGUAUCCGGGUGUUUUGUGACAUGACGACUGCUUCAGGUGGUUGGACGGUUAUACAGCACAGAUAUGAUGGCUCAGUGGACUUUUAUAGGAACCUUUAUGAGUAUACCCAUGGAUUUGGAGACGUCAGUACGGAGUUUUGGCUAGGCCUAAGUUACAUCAAAGAAAUAGCUGAUAAAGGGAACACCACAAUAAGAAUGGAGGUAUCGGCAGCAGACGGAAGUUCAGCGUAUGAGGAGUGGCCGGAAUUUCGUCUCGGUGACGCUCCUACAUACACCCUCCAUGUCGGUGGCCGUGGCACAGGAACAGCCGGGGAUUAUGAGCGAGACUUCGAACGAUAUAACAAUGGCUCGGACUUCACUGCCAAGGGAAGCUUCUGCGGGGAUGAAGUCCAUGGAGGAUGGUGGUAUAACGGCUGUACGUAUAUCAACCUGAACGGCGAGUACGUCACGCCGGGCACGAGGUCCGGAUAUGGUCGCGGGUUGGGCGGAAUGGUCUACUACAGUUUCAGACGAUGGUCGUCACUGAAAACGUCAACAAUAAUGAUCAAAAGAAAUGAUUAAGUGAAUAGUACUCACAAUUACAUUUAGAAGUGUGGUGAAUAAAACGUGCAUACUAUAACUGUUCGAAUUAAACAAACCUUUCCUUUAUUUUUCCAAAUAUUGUCUUUUAACCUUAGAAAAUCAAUAUUAAAAAGUAUGUUAUGCAUGUUUAUCUUUGUAUGUGUUCUGUAUUCCAUUGUCUUUAUUAUUUGUUUCCAUGUAUGGAAUACAGUUGUUUCAAUUAGGAUAUUAUGUUAAAAAUAUACCCAUACGAGUCAACCUGUCUCUUUCAAAAAAGAGUCAAUGACGAUGUAUGAGAUAGUAAAAUGG